AUGUUGUCCUGUCCCAAUUCAUCUUGGGACAGGUUACCCAUUGAAACGUUGCAAGAAAUCUUCUCACAAUUGCCUAUUAAAAAUUUGGGGAGAUGCUCGCAGGUUUGCAAACAAUGGUAUUUGGUGUUCAAUACCGAUUAUCCUUGGAGAACAUUCAUCUUCAAAGAUGGUAUUUUUGUGCGCCGCAAGUUCACCCAACACUCCGGAUGGCAAUACCACAUUGAUCAUUGGAAAUUGAGAUUUCUUAUCACAAACGCAGCUCGUCGUUGGAGGAUCCUCAUCAUUCGCCCUGUCACGAAUCUCUUCAACCUCUAUGAAUUCUUUAGAGUAUUAACCAACUUCUCUGAAUACUAUGAGAAACAUUCGCCUGACGACAAACCAUUGGCAAUGAUUCGCACAUUCCAUUUUCAAUGGAGGUUGCAUGUUGAAGAAGAUGAAGUUGGGGGUAUUCUUCAUGAUAAAGAUAUCGGUACAGGAGGAGAAAUGCUUCACACUUUGACCAAUGUGGUGAAGCAUCUUCACGGCUUACAAUCAAUAUCUCUUAUUGAUUUACAGCUAACUGCGUGGGAAGCUGAACAGUUCAUUAUUGAACUACUCGAAAAAUUCUCUACUCAAUUACGGUAUCUCAGCCUAUUGAAUGUUACUUUACAUGCAAAAUCAUUUUUACAAAUCGGAUUAUUCCUGAACCUUGAAAAACUUCUAAUCUCGCCACAGAUGCUUCAAAUCGAUUCAUUGUCAUUGAUAUCGUGUUUACGGCAUCUAACAACAUUUUGUAUUAUUCAGGAUGAGAAGAGUGUUGCAGCGCCGUGCUGUAACAAGGAAGCAUGGAAACAGUUCAAAGCUCAAAAUUGUGGGAGAACAAAAGUGUGGCUUAUCCUUAAAGGCAAACCGAAAAUCCCGCUGAUUAUCCAGCCAUUCGCGCCGGUUUAUGGAAUAAAAAUGGAAAUGAGUUCCGGACAAUUAACGCAUGAAGUCGCCGAUGACAUUGUCAAUUUCUAUUCUGAGACGUUGUGCCAAUUCGUGCAAUGCGGUUUGGAGAGAAUGAAACGAGGAAACAAAAUGAGCGAAAGAGCUGAUUCGGCGAUCGUUCGAAUCGCGAGCAGAUGCCGCAAUUUAGAAGUUCUCACAUUCCGCGAGCACCUUUCCCAUGGGACUGCAUUGAUUCUCGGCGUUUAUUCAAAGAGAAACAAUUUCAAGCUUAUUAUCAGGAAAAAUGCCAUGCUUAAGAGGGUAUGCUGGUGUCGUCGCGACCUUCGAGAGUUUGACAUUGACUUUGAUUGGCUCAAACAAAUCUCCAAGAAUCGAGACGUCUUGAUCAAUGAAAUCCAAAAUCUCACUGAGAAUUCAUGGACCGUUCUAGAGGACAGAAUGUAUAAAUCGAUUUUGACAUAA